CGGGACACGCCGGCCUCGUGCCUCGGUGCUUCCGGAGCGCCCCCAGCCCCGCCACCCAGCGCGACCCCCAGCGCUGCGGGAGUCUCCGCACCGCACCACCCGCUGAGCAAGUCCAGAUAGCAAGAAGUAUUUGGCCACACAGUUUUGGCCAGGACAUCAGAGGCAUCAGAACAGGGAAAUAAAAAAAUGCUAAUGUUUGACCCAGUCCCUAUCAAACAAGAAGCCAUGGAGCCUGUUUCAGUGUCAUACCCAUCCAAUUACAUGGACCAAAUGAAGCCAAACAAGUACAGCGUCAUCUAUUCUACACCGGGUAUGUUGCACAAUAAAUUUUACUCAAGCCCUGAAGGACUAUCAAAUGGAAUCCAGAUGGAGCCAGUAGACCUUACGGUGAACAAACGGAGCUCACCACCUUCAACUGGAAGUUCUCCUUCCCCUCUAAAAUUCCAGAAUGUGCAUAGGAGAGCUUCACCUGGAUUGACUCUGUCCUCACCCAGCUCACCUCUCAGUAAAUUUACACCUUCACCCCCGGGAGUACAGCCUAUUUCCAUGCCAAUAACCAUCCCACCUGUAAUGGCCGCUGCUCUUUCACGCCACGGACUGAGAAGCCCUGGAAUACUCCCAGUUAUACAGCCUGUUGUGGUCCAGCCAGUUCCUUUUAUGUAUGCUCCCCAUCUUCAGCAGCCCAUCAUGGUGUCAACAGUUCUUGCAGAUGAGAUGGAAACUCCAAGUAGUAUGCCAGUGCCUGUCAUUGAGUCUUAUGAGAAGCCUAUGCUGAAGAAGACAAUCAAAGUAGAGCCAGGAAGUGAACCACAGAAGACUGACUUCUACCCUGAACAAAUGUCACCUCCAAUGAUGACCUCGUUGUCUCCCCAGCAAGUAAUGUUGCAAGAGAAUCACCCUUCAGUUAUAGUUCAGCCAGGGAAGAGACCUUUACCUGUGGAAUCUCCAGAUACACAGAGAAAACGUAGAAUACAUCGAUGUGAUUAUGAAGGCUGCAACAAAGUCUACACUAAAAGCUCCCAUCUGAAAGCUCACAGAAGAACCCAUACAGGUGAAAAACCAUACAAAUGCACUUGGGAGGGCUGCACGUGGAAGUUUGCCCGUUCUGAUGAACUAACGCGGCAUUUCCGCAAGCAUACCGGCAUCAAACCUUUUCAGUGCCCAGACUGUGACCGUAGCUUUUCACGUUCGGACCACCUUGCUCUCCACAGAAAACGCCACAUGCUAGUCUGAAUGUCUUCUGUCCCUGACUCCGCUCACACUUCUUUUUUUGUACACAUGCAUUUUAUUUUGGAUUCAGCUGGACUGAAUCUCUGAGUUUAUACCAUUAAAAGCUUACCUAUGGUCAGUAACAGAUGUUAUCUAACCCUUCUAUGUUCUUGCCACGGGUCAGACCUAAAGAAUGUGAACACUUUUUGUUUUCUUUCUUCUGGGGAUGCUAAGCAAACCCUUUCUGCAGACAGUAUGUUUAAUGUAUUCCAUUGUGAAUAAGGGAAUUUGUAAACUUAAGAGCUUUUGUUGGUUUCUCCAUAUAAUCAACCCAGCAUAUACUGAUAAAGUAGUAAAUGUUAUUGAAUAUUCAAAAUGCUAGUCCUUGCCAGAGACUUUUAUUUAUGUGCCCUGUAAGGAAUACAAUCAUUUUAUGCUCAACAAUGCAAUGAAUAGACUCUCCCAGCCGUGUUGAGUUCUGCAAUAUGGUUGAUGAAACAGUUCUAGAAAGAAACCCGAUUUAGAAGUCCCCUCUGCCCAAACAGUGAACAGCAUCGUAGAAAUAAAUCUAAGCAAUGAAAUUACUUUA